UGUUCUUUUUCAUUGUGUUUUUUUUCCUUCUUUUCUCAACUUUCACCCCACGGCUGUUUAGGAGGAGACUCGCUCUUUUUUUCUCUCUCUCUCUCUCCAAAUAUUUGAAUAAAGUUUCCACAUCACUCUCUCCACCACGCGCUCCCUCUCUGUAUUGGUGAGAGAGCAUGACGCGCGACCUGUACCUGCGAGGGAUGCGUGCGUGCUUCAUGCCGGCCGGGCAUGCGGCCUUUGGGGAAGGAUGAUGAUGAUGAUGAGGGAUGCGGAUGCUAUGGCAACAGGCCGAUUGGAUCCAGACCAUUCAUGUGCACAUUUAUUUAUUUAAUAAUUUAUUUGCAUGCCGCUCGAGCUCCUGAGUGUUGAGUCACAGAAAGAAGUGAAUAGAAGCUGGACCUCGUCGCCGCUGAGAGCGUCCGUGCGAUGCAGCUGCCGCCUCAUGGCAGCUCAACAAGUUGUUUUAUUUUCGAUUUUUGAAUGAGGCGUCAGAGCUCACCGCUUUCUCUCUCGGUGGAGCGUGUUUUCAUUGAAGUGCAGAGCCCUGUUUCCUGUCAUUGGCGGCGUAACAAAGGAGGAAAGGACGCCGGCGCAUCCAUGUAGUCUGGACACUAUGUCAUUGAAAGUCGUCAGAAGUGAGGACACUCUGCAGAUGAGACAUCAGGAGAUUUUGGACGUCAGACUCUGAACACUUGACUCAAGUUCUUUCCGACGUCAGUUUAGGCAAAAACCCCGCGGCUGCUGCUGCGCGUGUGGAUCCACUGGUGUCUCCUCUGUGUGCGCUUCAGUCUCGGGUGUAUAGGCAACAUUUCGGCGCGCCUCCCGUCACGAUGAGCGUGAUUUUUACUGCGCGGAUGCUGAAAAUGACAAGGUGUCGUGAAGUGGGUGAGGACAUGGACUACAGAGUAUGGAUGAUUUGACCCGGUCCUCUGUCUCUUGUAUCCCUGCAUGUGUUUAAAUGUGUGCGUGAUUGUGCUUAAUGAUGAUGCGUGUCAGGAUGAAUCAGUUUGAGAGUCCGCGUGUGUGUGCGUGCGUGCCUUUUGUUACAUGUGUCCCUUUUGUCCAUUAACAACCUGACAGAGGAUCAAGUGUCCUUGUCAUUCAUCCGUGCGUGAAUGUGUCCCCUCACUCUGCCACCUUUAGCGCUCACAUCACCUCUUACAUAAUGAUAUAUGGUGAAAAUAGCAGAAGCGUGAAAGGGUGAGGGCGAGCAGUCUGGACAUAUAGACUACAAAAGCAACACUGGCGGCCAAUCAGCGGCGAGCUCCGUUAUCUCCAAAGGACCAGGAAUCCGGUGCCAACAUGACCGGCGUCGGAGCGCUGAGGGCGGCUGUGGAGAGGAGAGGGAGGAGGGCCUCGGGCGGAGAGCUGCGUUUCAAGGACAAGGAAGGAGGACUAUUGUUUCAGUGACUUCUGUGAGGACAAACCAUUUUAGGAGAAAAGAGGUUCAAAGUGGGGCUGCUGGUGUCACUGUCAUCAGCAGCCUGAAGGGUUUAAUGUUGACACGGGGCUUUCUCCAAGGACAUCGAGGUAAGUGAGGAGGUGAGAGGGUGAAGGUGUGAGUGAAUGAGCAGACUUUCUUCUACACAUCCUCACUUUGUCAUUCAGAUUUGACACUGACUCUCUCACCUAUGUAAUCUAGCAGGCUCACGGGACUUAACAAUAGUUUCCCUGAGGGCACAGGAGUUACAGGUUAUAUUAACCCUCCCUUCAACCUCCUCCUCCCCCUCCACCCUGAGUUGGGAUGGAUGGGGUGGCUGGAGGUAUGGGAACCUCUGGGUCGGGGGGUGACAGUCUGCCCAGGCGGAAUGGAGGAGGGGAGUGUAAGCGGCGCAGUAAGGGCAGCCUGCCCUCUCCGAGCUACAGGCUGUCACAGGCCUCACUGGAAGGAGAGAAGGGCUCAUUUGGGGCAGACAACUCUUCCAUAGGUGGUCGUGGACGUCGUCUCUCCAUCAUGAGCUCCUCCGCCUGCAGGGACGGUCUUCCUUUACGCACAGCGGGCACACCAACCACCCCGGUGCCUCUACCACCUCCACCGCCCUCCUCCUCUGCCACAGUCCACCCUCCACCACGCUCAGUGGGCUUUGCCUCUUCUCGUGCCGCCUUGGCCUCAACCUCCUCCUCCAUGACUGGAGUGAUGGUCGUGGCCACUGGUCCAGAGACCACCACCACCACGACCUGCAACACUACUGCAGCAGGGACCCCUGACAUUGGGGGUCACUCUGGACUGGGUGGGUUCGGUAUGGGGCUGGAUGGCGAGGACUACAGCAACUCCAACCAGAGCACCUUCAUCCAGAGACAGUUUGGAGCAAUGCUUCUGCCAGGGGUCAACAAGUUCAGCCUGCGCAUGUUUGGAUCCCACAAAGCUGUGGCAAUGGAGCAAGAAAGAUUGAAAUCAGCAGGGGCGUGGAUCAUUCACCCCUACAGUGACUUCAGAUUCUACUGGGAUCUGUUGAUGUUGCUGUUGAUGGUGGGAAACUUAAUCAUCCUGCCAGUGGGCAUCACCUUCUUUAGAGAGGAGAACACUCCCUCGUGGAUCAUCUUCAACGUAGUCUCCGACACUCUCUUUAUGGUGGACUUGGUUCUGAACUUUAGGACGGGCAUCGUGAAGGAAGACAGCACUGAGAUAUUGCUGGACCCCAGGGCCAUCCGCCUGAACUAUCUGAAGAGCUGGUUCCUUGUAGACUUUGUGUCAUCCAUCCCAGUGGACUACAUCUUCCUGAUGGUCGACAGUCUGGACUCGGAGGUCUACAGGACAGCCAGGGCUCUGCGCAUCGUCCGCUUCACCAAAAUCCUGAGCUUGCUGCGGCUGCUCCGUCUGUCCAGACUCAUCCGCUACAUCCACCAGUGGGAGGAGAUAUUCCACAUGACCUAUGACCUUGCCAGUGCCAUGGUCAGGAUAGUAAACCUGAUCGGUAUGAUGCUGCUGCUGUGCCACUGGGAUGGCUGUCUUCAGUUCCUAGUCCCCAUGCUUCAGGAAUUCCCUCCUGACUGCUGGGUUUCCAAAAACCUAAUGGUGAAUGACACAUGGGGCGUGCAGUACUCCUAUGCUCUAUUCAAAGCCAUGAGCCACAUGUUGUGUAUUGGGUAUGGUGCACAGGCUCCAGAGGGGAUGACAGAUGUGUGGCUCACCAUGCUCAGUAUGAUCGUAGGUGCCACCUGCUACGCUAUGUUCAUCGGCCAUGCAACCGCUCUGAUCCAGUCACUGGACUCCUCAAGACGACAAUAUCAGGAAAAGUACAAGCAGGUGGAGCAGUACAUGUCGUUCCAUAAGCUUCCUGGAGAUGUUCGGCAAAAGAUCCACGAGUACUAUGAACACCGCUUCCAGGGGAAGAUGUUUGAUGAGGAGAACAUCCUGGGAGAACUCAGUGAGCCACUUAAAGAGGAAAUUGUCAGCUUCAACUGCCGGAGCCUGGUGGCUAACAUGCCGCUGUUUGCCAAUGCCGAUCCCAACUUUGUGACUGCGGUGCUGACGAAGCUCCGUUUUGAAGUGUUUCAGCCUAAUGACUUCAUCAUCCGCGAGGGCACAGUUGGACGGAAGAUGUACUUCAUCCAACAUGGGCGAGUCAGUGUGCUGACCCGUGGUAACAAGGAAACCAAGCUGAGCGAUGGGUCUUACUUUGGAGAGAUCUGUUUGUUGACACGUGGACGGAGGACAGCCAGUGUCCGGGCAGAUACUUACUGUCGCUUGUACUCUCUCAGUGUGGACAGCUUUAACGAGGUGCUGGAGGAACAUCCGAUGAUGCGGCGUGCCUUUGAAACUGUCGCGGUUGACCGUCUGGACCGCAUUGGCAGGAAGAACUCCAUGCUCCUGAGGAAAUCAUCUCAGGCCGGCUCACUUGGGGGCAGCAUGGGUCGUGGUGGCCGGGGUGGAGGGGGUCCAGGGGCAGGUGGAGGCCUUGCAGCAGGCAGUCUGGGAUCCUGUGACAGCAUGUUGGUUCAGCAGAUUGUCAAACAUGACAGCAUGCCAGCCAUGCAGGACACUAUUGCUGCAGCUGCUGCAGGGAGAGGCGGUGUCAUUGGAGGCAGUGGCACAGUGUCUCCUCGGCCACGCCCUGUCAUCUGGGCGCCACUGGUCCAUGCUCCUCUGCAGACUGCAGCCGCUACCAGUAAUGUAGCCAUCGCCCUCAUGCACCAGCAGCAACAACAGCAGCAGCAUCUCCAGCAGUUGCAGCAGCAGCAUGCUCUCAGUGGUGCUUUUUUCCUUCCUUCCCCUCUCAUUUCCCCUUCUCCCUCAUCUUCUUUCCCUCUGUCACCCCCUCGCGCUCCUGUGUUACAACCCCUCCGACCAUCUGUGAGCUCCCUCAUUGGGAUGAUGACGAUGGGAGGAAUGGGUGGCUUGUCCCCAAGAGGAUUUCCUGCCUCCCCAUCAACCAUGGCCCCCCCUGGUGGAAUAACAUCACCUCCUAUUGCUAAAACACCACCAAUGCCAGUUUCCUCUGUCCCAACAUCUGUCCAACAAGGUAGGACUCUUCAUUACAGCCUCCGUCUCCAGGCAGAUCACCCUUUAGUGAUACCUGGAUCACUUGGAACCCCAACAGGUGGAGGACCACCGACUCCACCCCUCCACAAGGUGCCGACUGCCAACCCUGUAGCUGCCUCUUGUGCCCCAGCAGAUGGCAACAGUUCGGUUCCAGGUCAACAGGGAGCAAAAGAAGCUCUGUUACGUCAUGGAGGAAACAGCUCUCAAGGUCUGCCAGCACUGGGCCGACUCACCCAGGAGGCCAGGCUGCUGUCUGCCUCGCAGCCCACUUUGCCACACCGCUCAUGGGCUAGUGUGCAGCCACACCCUCCUCUCCACCGGAAGGCCUCUGGUGGUAAUUUGUUGGCAGCUCCUUUCCUGGCAGGGCAGUUAGCCAGAGGAAGCAGUGCAGGCAUGCUGACCUCCAAUGUUCCCAUACAGCUGAUAACAAAUAUACCAAUAAAUGCACAAGCACAGGCUACUCUUCCCUUCCAGUCCAUUAUGUCACAGGGUAUAUCUGCAAACACAACCACAUACACACAGUCUGGACCUCACACUGCCUCUGUUCCCACACCCACUGCUACACACAUGCCUUCUGCAGCUUCUAUGCCAUCUUCUUCCCCUCCAAAGCAGACCCCCCUUUCCUCUGCUACCUCUUCUCCUGCACCCACCCCAUCAUCGCCUACCCCCAACCUCUCCCAAGCACCUCGCCCUAAACCAAUUCCAAUGACCCCCUCUCAAUCCUCCUCUCCCCCUCCCUGCUCCACUCCACCUUCAGCAGGGACAAGCCCACUGUCGCUCUCCUCUACUCCUCGUCCCAAACCAAUCCCUACACCUCCCCCGCGCUCUUCCUCCCCUUCUCCCUCCUCCACACCACCUCCAUCCUCUGUUUCCACCCCUUUUCCACUACCUCAACCUUAUGGGUCCAAAUCACCUCUGACCUCUCCUCCUCCAUCUUCCUUGCUCACCUCUUCACCACCACAGCCCUCAAGCCCCAGAGCCAAGACAUCCAACACGCCUCCUUCUGCUUCUCCAUUGUCUGGCCUCAGCCCUGCCCCAACCCCAACCCCUUCUCCAGCCCUGACUCCCACUCAUCCCACCCGUACCCGCCGCACCUCUACCACUUCCCAAACUCUUUCGCAAACCAUCAUACCCGUCACUCUUUCACAGACCCUUGCCUCUACACUGCCCCCUUCUUCAGUCCCUGUUGCAGAUGCUCCAUCGCUAAGUAAGUCCCAGAGUCAAACAACUUGCCUCCAGCCCUCUGUCUCUAGCUCAGUCCGGGGCCCCACCAGCCAAACUUCAGCUCCUACUCCUACUAAAGUAAAAUUCUCAGUUCAUCCUGUAAAACAACCCCCUCCUGUCCUCACUCCAAGCUCCACCUCAGGCUCUGGUCGCUCCAUCAAACCAACCACAUCAACAUUCUCAUCUUCAACAACUUUACGCCCAAACCCCAACUCCACAACCACCACCUCCACCAUCACCUCUCCAAAUGUUGUACCUGUCUCUUCUCACAACCCAAAGCUAAUGCCAACCACUUUAGCUGCCACUACUCUCUCCCCUGAAAUCAACACACCCUCUAUCCCUGUUCAGACCGCUCAGGCGUCUACCACUACACCCACCCAGUCAGCACACGCAGUGCACCCUGCCAACACCACCUCACCGAAAGAAGGGAAAAAAGACUCUCAGCUAGAACUUGCCAGAAAAGACUCAGAGGGGCUAAGACACAAAUUGCCUGCCAACAUGUAAUGCAGGAAAUGUAGGGAAAUAUCAGAGGAUGCUGGACUUUGUGUUGUGGCUAGUCAAACCAUGGAUAUACAGAGUUGGCUGCAGACUUCCAAAGGUCUUGUGUGGACAGCUACAUCUUGUAUGCAUUCUCUCUAGGAUGUGAUUGUCUUAGAACAUCGGGUGUUCAUACGUCACUCAACCAAGUCAUUGAUCUCGGAGAAAGACUUAACAAUGUGGGUGUGUUGAGAUGUUGAGAGCUGUUCAAGCUGAGGUCGAGUCAAAAACAAACAUACAGGUGUAUACAUACAUAUCUGUGUUAGUGAUUGUUGCGAGCAGGCAGGGGAGCUGAAGUGGAAAUGUACGUAGUAAAAACAGGAUUAAGCAAUUGCUGAUACUCAAAGAUUAAAAACAGCAAUACAUGUGAAACAUGCAAGACUCUCAUCAUGGAAUGGGAAGAGACAGUGACAGAAAAUAACAGUCUUUCUGCUGUGAAGAAGAAUGUAUAUUGUGAUCUCAAAAUGCUGGCAAUAGAGCAGACACUUUCUGGUUUCCGCUCCACCUCCCUGUUGCCUCCCAUUCUUCACCAAAGUGUAAUAUUUUCUCUUCUAAAUAAUAAUUAUUGAAAGGAUAUAGCAUUUAAAAAUAACUGUAAAAUCAAUGCCUAAAUAUAUAUAUAUAUAUAGUUUCUUUUAAUAAUUAGGAGGAGUCCACUGUAGUUUUGUUGUCCCAGGUGUGUGUGGUGUUUAGUUUUUGAAGAAGACAAACCUUUUAACGCUACAUGUUCACUCUGACGACUUCUGUAAAUUGUGUUUUUGUGUGACACACAAUACUGCUCUGCUGUGCACUGUAGUUCAUUUAAUUCUGUUCCACCUGGCUCCCUGUACUGUAAAUAUGUGCCUCUCUGUGGGUCUGUUGUUAUACUUCCCUCACUCAUCAUCCUCUUUAUCUUUCAUCUCUUAUUUGUUUUCGCUGCCUUUCAUCUGAUUUCACAGCUCUAGUUGCUAACUGCUUCUUUGACUCUCACAGCCUCGCUCCCUCUUCCUCAGAUUGCCUAACACUUUGCUCUCUGCUGCCAUCGGCCUCAUGUUCAGUUGGCGGUCUCCUUCCUCCGUCGUCCGAUGACAGUGUCGGCGCCAUAUUCAGUGAUGUUUGAUGUUUUGUGUGCGUAGCAACAAGGCAUUUCUGUCUUAAUCCCUGAUACCAUGUUGCCUAGACUAUAUUAAAGGACCAAAUGUUUUAUUUUUUAUUUAUCACAGCUUUAGCUUUUGAACAGGAACAAAAUAGCUAAUAAUGUUGUCAAAAUGAUGGUCUGGAGUGUGGCACUGAAGAUAAUGAUUGUGAUAGUAUUCAUAACAGCCAUAGAUGGUGAUGUUGAUGAAGAUGGUGUAUAUUUAGAUGAAAGAAUAAAGUGGAUUUAGAUAUCA